AAGUAGUAGAAAGCAACCUUAAUUUCUUCGUUAUUCUACAAACAAAAACAAGAUGGCAAUCAAAAUCCAUGCCUUCCUUUGCUUGGGCCUUGUCUUAACCUUUAUUUCAGUGACUUCUGCCAUUUCAGGAACUGCCACUUUCUAUACUGUUUACGUUCCGUCUGCAUGCUACGGGUAUGAAGACCAAGGCGUUAUGAUCGCAGCGGUAAGCGAUGCCCUUUGGGAAAACGGGGCAGCAUGCGGGAGAAUGUACAGCGUUACGUGCACAGGCCCUACAAACCAAGGAGUACCGCAGCCUUGCAGGGGAACAGUCACGGUGAAGGUUGUUGAUCGUUGUCCCGGAUGCGACGCAAACAAUAUUGACCUCUCUCAAGAGGCCUUCUCCGCCAUCGCUGAUCCUAAUGCUGGAAAAAUCAACAUCGACUACAACCAGGUUUGAUUCUCCAUGAAGAGAAUAAGCCGUUUCUCCAUGAAGGGAAUAAUAGUGUUGAUCAUGACAAUAAUGCAGCUGCAAUAAGAAGCUGAUCGAUCAUGGAAAUUAGACAUUUUUCCAUGGAUCAGAACGAUCUGCCAAUAAAAUUAUAUUUGUAUCAUUGUAUGUGUUCACAUAAAUAAUACCAACCCUUCAACUC